GGCCCAAAAUUCAGGAUAUACCAUUGUUGUCCUCUUCGAUACGGACAAUCCAGAUUAUCGCAAUUUAAGUCAACUUCAUAGAAAGAAAUUUCAUUUGGAGGGCGUGCUCGGUAGUGUAGCCUCAGUCUAUGGCAAGCUGCAUGUAGCUGGCCUUGGACUUAUACAAGUUUUCUUUAUACGUGUACUUCUUUUUUAGUUUAAUAAAGUUUUCUGAACUGUUCUCCCAAAAAAAAAAAAAAAAGAGUAGAGAGAUAGAGAAAGAGAGAACGGUAAUGGCGACUGAGAUUGUGAUCCAAUUGGCUUUGCUACUCCUAACCCUAGCAAUGUUCGUCGCGGUUCACAAACUCCCAAGACAAGCUCUAAACAAGCUCCGAACAAAGAACCGAGCCGCUCUCCACACCAACCGCCACUUCGUCCAAGGGUCCCACCUCCUCGCUCGGGCCCGAUCCACGCACCACCGGGCCCAAUCCCAGGCCCACGCCAAGUCCGCUCUCAUCGAAGCCGAGAAAGCCCUCUCUCUCUCUCCAAAGGACCCAACCCCUCACCUCCUCAAAGCUCACGCUCUACACCUCAUGGGCCACACGGCCUCCGCGAUUCGAUCCCUAGACCUAGCCCUGUCGCCGCCGCGCGUGAGGUCGCUCUCCGAGAGCGCGCGUGGGGACGCGCUUGUGACGAGGGCCGAGUUGAAGCUGGCCAUGAAUCGGAAGCGGCGAGUUGACUCGGCCGUGGACGAUUUGGUCGAGGCGGUGAGGCUGAGUGGGAUUAGUGACAAAGCGACGGCGUUUUGUUUGUUGGGAGAGUGUUACGAAAGGAAAGGAAUGAGAGAAGAGGCUAGGGAGGCUUUCCAAGAGGCCUUGAGGGUCGAGCCUGGGCUCGUCGCGGCUCGUCAGGGGUUGAGUCGCUCGGGACCGUGAACUUGGGUUGCUUCAACACAAAUUGCCUUCGCCUUUUGUAAUUUGCGAACUAUAACACUACUUUUUUUUUCCCUAAUUUUUGUAUAGAAAGUAGAAACUGUGUAUUUGAAUUUGAUGAGUGAAAUAGAAAU